AUGCUCGAUUGGAAGCAGGCAUGCAACCAGGACCUCGGACUGCAAGCCGUUCAAAGUGAGCACUCGAAGCAAUUAGGUUUUACGCCGUCGCGGCUAACCUCAAUCGUGUAUUUCUGUUUGACAGCUCGCGUGCACUGUUUACAUAGACUUAGUCGCGUUCGAACGGAAAGUGCUAAGUAUUUUUUUAAUUCAAAAUCGGCCGAAAUUACAAAAGUCAAGUGGAAACCGAAGGCGAAGUGGGUGGCAAAUUUGUCUACAUGCUCGCUGAACCCGAACGAAAACGAAGCCGUGCUGCUGGCGGAGAUGGUCAAGCAAUACCUUGUUCCGACGCUCUGCCUGGAAUGACCUACAAGGAACCGAUCACCAAGGACAUGAAAGACCCAGAAAACUACCGCACCGUCUUCCGACCGCUUAUGCUCCAGAUCCAGCUCCCGAGGACAUGGUCAAGUUCAAUCUCGAGCGCUGCAACCUCGCCCUCCUCCACCAGCAGAACACCGGCAGACUCUUCAUCGUCCUGUUUGAGAAGAAAAAGAAGCUGCUCUCGGAGGUUUUCCGUUGUCGAAGGCCUGCGAAGCGGAAACACUCCAAAAAAGCUAAAACGCUACCACCGCAACCCGCUCAGGCCUAAGAGGGUCUCCAGAUUGUAACGGAUGUACCGGCGCAGAAUGGAGUACGCGUAUCGCAAGGAACGACAUGAUCAAGCUGCUGUUUAAAAACAAUCCGGAGAAGCCGCCGGAAAUCGAAGAGCUGAGCGAGGAAGGAGUUGGAACCGUGCAGAUGUGUGUCGGAGUAUCGGCGGAUCCGUUUGCGGUGCGGAACUAUUAUCCUCCUCGUGGGCGAUUCUUGACAUGGGCCUGACGGAAAAGGACGGUUUGUCCUUGGUUCAAAUAAGUACGAACUGGUAGUUCGGUUCAACAAACAACUGGUCUCCGGCACCUGGCAGCGAGGGUGCUUCAAUCUACAGCCAUUCUUCGUCAGUUCUGGAAUCACGGAUACCGGAGAUCGUCUGGUUGCCGUGGUGAUUACCAAGAGUGGCCAAAGUUACAUGCAGUCGACGAUCGACUGCCACGUUGGCGUUGAUUGCUCCUACGAGGUGAUCCCAGGCCCAGGGUGACCACUGAAAUCCCAUUUUCAAAUUCCCUACUUUUUCCUGACUUUUCCAGAUGCUCAAAUAGUUACCA